UCGGGGCAGCGGGCGCUCGCUGGUGGCGGACCCGGAGCAGCUGCGGCGCUUGGGGUUCCGUGGCCCGGGGUCGAAUCGGAUCCGGAGCCAUGAGCGUGGACAAGGCCGAGCUAUGCGCGUCUCUGCUCACCUGGUUACAGACAUUUCAAGUUCCGCCCCCCUGUGCCAGCGCCCAGGACCUAAGCAACGGCCUUGCUAUAGCCUAUGUGCUCAACCAGAUAGACCCCUCCUGGUUCAACGAAGCAUGGCUCCAAGGCAUCUGCCAGGACCCAGGUCCCAACUGGAGGCUGAAGGUCAGCAAGUUGGAGAAGAUCUUACGGAGCGUGGUGGAGUAUUCCCAGGAUGUUCUGGGACAUCCCGUGUCAGAACAGCAUUUUCCAGAUGUGAGCCUCAUCGGGGAGUUCUCAGAUCCUGCCGAGCUGGGCAAGCUACUUCAGUUGGUGCUGGGCUGUGCCAUCAGCUGUGAGAAAAAGCAGGAGCAUAUCCAGAGAAUCAUGACGCUGGAGGAAUCUGUUCAGCACGUAGUGAUGGAAGCCAUCCAGGAGCUCAUGACCAAAGACACCCCCGACUCCCUGUCGCCAGAAUCAUAUGGCAACUUUGAUACUCAGUCCCGCAGGUACUACUUUCUCAGUGAGGAGGCGGAGGAGGGGGAUGAGCUUCGGCACCACUGUCUGGAUCUGGAGCGGCAGCUGGUGCUCCUGUCGGAGGAGAAGCAGAGCCUGGCGCAGGAGAACGCGGCGCUGCGGGAGCGCGUGGGGCGCGCCCAAGCGGAGGGCGCCUCUGGCCUCACUGCGAAGAAGUUGCUGCUUUUGCAGUCGCAGCUGGAACAGCUGCAGGAGGAGAACUUCAGGCUGGAGAGCGGCCGGGAGGAUGAGCGGCUGCGCUGUGCUGAGCUGGAGCGGGAGGUCACAGAGCUGCAGCAGCGAAACCAGGCGCUGACCAGCCUGGCCCAGGAGGCCCAAGCCCUGAAGGAUGAGAUGGAUGAGCUUCGACAGUCCUCAGAGCGCGCUGGGCAGCUGGAGGCCACGCUGAACAGCUGCCGCCGCCGCCUGGGCGAGCUGAGGGAGCUGCGGCGGCAGGUGCGGCAGCUGGAGGAACGCAACGCCGGCCACGCGGAGCGCACGCGACAGCUGGAGGACGAGCUGCGGCGGGCUGGCUCCCUGCGUGCCCAGCUCGAGGCUCAGCGGAGACAGGUUCAGGAACUGCAGGGCCAGCGGCAAGAGGAGGCCAUGAAGGCUGAGAAAUGGUUGUUUGAGUGCCGAAACCUGGAGGAGAAGUAUGAGUCAUUGACCAAGGAGAAGGAGCGGCUAUUGGCGGAGAGGGACUCGCUGCGGGAGGCCAAUGAGGAGCUGCGCUGCGCCCAGCUGCAGCCCAGGGGCUUCACUCAGGCUGAUUCUUCACUGGACCCUAGACCAUCUGGCCUGGAAAACUUGGCUGCUGAGAUCCUGCCUGCGGAACUCAGGGAGACGCUCCUGCGGCUCCAGCUGGAGAACAAGCGGCUGUGCCAGCAGGAGACGGCGGACCGCGAGCGGCAGGAGGAGCUGCAGCGCCACCUGGAGGAGGCCAACCGCGCGCGCCACGGGCUGGAGACGCAGCACCGGCUAAACCAGCAGCAGCUGUCUGAGCUGCGGACCCAGGUAGAUGACCUGCAGAAGGCCUUGCAGGAGCAGGGGGACAAGAUCGAGGACCCCACUCUGUUGAAGAGGAAGUUGGAGGAGCAUCUGCAAAAACUGCAUGAGGCCGAUUUGGAAUUACAGCGGAAACUAGAAUACAUCGAGGAACUGGAGCCACCAUCUGACAGCAACACAGCAAGGCGGAUUGAAGAGCUGCAGGACAGCCUGCAGAAAAAGGACGCAGACUUGAGAGCCAUGGAGGAGCGGUGCCGACGCUACGUGGACAAGGCGCGGGCGGUCAUACAGACCCUGGAACCCAAGCCACGACCACCUGGUGGGCCACCUCCGGAACUGCACACCCUGAGGUCCCAGCUCCGAGAGCGAGACGUCCGCAUCCGACACCUAGAGAUGGGCUUUGACAAGAGCCGAAGUCAGAGGGAACAGGAAGAAAAGCUGCUAAUCAGUGCCUGGUACAACAUGGGCAUGGCCUUGCAGCAGCGAGCUGGGGAAGAGCGGGCACCUGCGCAUGCCCAGUCCUUCCUAGCACAGCAACGGCUGGCCACCAACGCUCGCCGUGGACCCCUCGGGCGUCUGGCGUCUCUGAGCCUUCGAAGCCCUUCUGACAAGCACUGACAAUCUUCAGGAUGCCGCCGCCAUCUGCCCCGUCGGCUGGGCCAUCCCGAGCUGCCCCGUGCUCCAGGAGGAAAAGGGCAGGUGGCGGGAACCCAAUUCUUUUUAGCAAAGUGAUUCCUUUUCUUAAUUCCCUUCCAGUGGAUGAGCUAGCUAUCUGGGGGAGAGAACCUGAUUUUCUAUUUGAGAAUAAUAAAGACUUUAAAUGUA